GGAAGAAAAGCCAAACUUCGAGACAUGAGCAUGGCUUCACAUGGCGCCAUCCACCCACAAUAAAUUGCCAUCUCCACAUCCAGCUUCAGCAGCAUCACGUUCCAGGGUCAGGAAGAACAUGGCAGCUCUUCUGGCUACUGUGACCAUUUCCCUCCUCUUCGCUGCCACUUCCAUCCCCACCAUCACCGCCGGUGCAGGCGAAGCCGUCAUAUUUGCCUUCGGGGACUCGCUGUCGGACGUCGGCAACAACAAUUACCUCCCGUUUUCCCUGGCGAAAUCGGACUACCCGUGGUAUGGAAUCGACUACUAUAAUGGCCGUCCCACUGGGAGAUUCACCAACGGGAGAACCAUAGGAGACAUCAUAUCUGCUAAGCUUGGGGUUCCAUCUCCUCCGCCAUACCUCUCGUUGUCUAUGAAUGAUGAUGCUAUUCUCCGAGGUGUCAAUUAUGCUUCUGGUGGCGCAGGAAUCCUCAACGAGACCGGAAUAUAUUUUAUCCAGAAACUCUCCUUUGACGAUCAGAUAAGUUGUUUUGAGACGACAAAGGUUGCAAUCACACGUAAAAUUGGAAAACUGGCCACUAAGAAACUGUGCAACGAUGCACUCUAUUUCAUCGGCCUCGGAAGCAAUGACUACAUAAACAACUACUUGCAAUCCGUCUUAGCGGAUGGACACAUAUAUACCCUCCCACAAUUCGAGGAUCUCCUGAUAGAUACCUUAGAAGCCCAGUUAACGAGGUUGUAUAAGCUUGGGGCAAGGAACGUGGUCUUCCACGGACUGGCGCCGAUGGGCUGCAUUCCAUCGCAGAGGGCGACGGCGGCCGACGGGCAGUGCUUGGAGUUUGUCAAUGACUACGUGCUGCAGUUCAACUCGCGCGUAAAGAAGCUACUCGUUGGGCUCAACUCCAAGCUGCCUGGUGCCCAAAUGGCUUUUGCAGACUGCUACGACAUCGUUUUGGAUCUCAUCAACCACCCAGAACAAUAUGGAUUCAAGGUUUCCCACACGUCUUGCUGCAAUGUGGACACCACUGUCGGUGGCCUCUGCUUGCCGAACUCGAGACUCUGCAGCGAUCGCAAGGAGUACGUGUUUUGGGAUGCGUAUCACCCAACCGAUGCAGCAAAUGAAGUGAUCGCCAAUGAACUAUUCGCUGAUCCAGACGUUGGUCGAGUUCAUCCUGCGUUUGGAAUCGCUCCUUCCCCCUCCCCUCUUUGAUUAGCCAUUAUGUUGCGAGGUCACCUCAAUUCACAGCGCUUUGUGCACUUCAAGUCCCGGUUAUAAUUUGCAGCGUAAUCAAGUCAUAGAAGGGAAUUACUUUUGUGCUACAAAAGGCUUAAAAUAUGUUAAAAACACUAUAGUUUUAAUAGCAAAUGAUAUGUUUCGCUGUGGAA